GACAAUUAUUUUAAGGUUGAAAUAGCAUCGUCCCUGGACUUCCUAUGGAAGGAGCAGGCCCAGAGAGAGAACACUGAGAUGGAAGAGAUGAGGAGACAUACUAACCAACUUCUUCAGAAUCUGCUUCCAUUGCAUGUUGCAAAAUUCUUCCUUCAAUGUGAGAGAAAUUGCGAAGAUCUAUUUGCGGAAGGUAGACAAAAUGCUGGAGUAAUGUUUGCCAGUAUACCUAACUUUACAGAGUUCUAUUCAGAGGAUAUCAACGAGGGUGUUGAAUGUAUUCGACUUCUGAACGAGAUAAUUGUCGAUUUCGACCAGAUUCUAGACGACGAGAAGUUUGAAACUGUCGAGAAAAUAAAAACUGUAGGAAGUACUUAUAUGGCAGCUAGUGGUAUUUCUCCUGCGCAGAUAUUGCAGGACCAAUUUGCGCAUUUAUGUGAUUUGGUGGAUUUUGCUACAGAGAUGACGAUUAAGUUGGAGGAGAUAAACAAACAUUCGUUCAACAAUUUUCAACUUAGAAUUGGUUUGGCAGUUGGACCAUUAGUGAGCGGCGUCAUAGGCGCUACAAAACCGGUUUUUGAUAUCUGGGGAGAUACAGUUAACGAGGCGAGCAGGAUGGAUAGUACAGGAGUACUCGGCCACAUUCAGGCUUCUCAGAGAACAGCUCUUAUUUUAGCAGACAGGGGAUAUGUUAUAAAGGAGAGAGGAAUCGUUAACGUAAAAGGAAAGGGGGAGAUGAGAACAUAUUUUGUGCUGGGACGGCGGAUAUCCAGGGCGUGGCGGACAGGCCGCGGAAGUGGAACAGCCAAUAAUUCCCUGGCGGAGGUUGUUUACGGAAUGGUUCGAGCACGGCGGAGAAGAACUAUUAAACAAGAUAAAGCAAAAAAGGAAGAACGAAAGGAAGAAAGAAAAGAUGAUUUGCAGGAAGAAAUAGGGUCAGAAACUAAUCUUCCUUUACCUCAGGAUGCCAACAUAAAAUCAAGAAACAAUCCCAUUAGAAGAAGCUUACGAAGACUGAAUACUCUGAGAGGUGUGCGAAGCGGACCAUUGACUGAACCUUCUAAAUUUGAGAGUGAGCAAAUGAGCAAAGCGAGUGUAGUCAUCUGAAUAAAAUCUUGAAAAAUGAUGAAUUGGGGCCAAAAUUCUAUUUAUUUAUAUAGAAAUAUCCAUAAACAGACAAUAAAAAUCUGUAUGUGCAA